GCCAAGUUCGACAACUCACGCCUGAGGACCCACAGCCGGUACCCUCAUCCUGCCUCGCUGAUGCUGCGGGAAAGCCCAGAGAUCAGCGGUCAAGUGCAUCCAGUCCAGGCUUCACUGGGGACUUUCCUAUCUCAUAGCUCCUCCUGGGGGUAGGGACCAGCUCUUUGGAACCCCAAAGCCCUGUAGACUAAUGGCUGCUGGAACAUCCACCUUGCUUAGCCUGUCAGACCCUACUGAUCACAUGGCUGAGGGCAAACGAGCUUCUCUGAGGCCUUCAGUUGAAAAGCGAUGGAAACUCAUGGAACCCAAGCAGACCCAGCCGGGGAUGCUCGAGAAAAUGACCCUUGUGGACUCUGAUGCUGCUGCUGCAGGAAAGGAGGGUCAAGAUGCAGCCUACACAGACCUGAGCCUGUCAGCAGCACCAGACAAGCCUCAACCAGACAGGCCUCUGGCCUGCAAGGCGUGCACAGAGCAAAGGCAGAACACCUUCACAGAGCUGCCAUGCCUCCAGGAGAGGCCAGGGGACAUCCGGGCCCAGACAAGGAAGUCGGAGAACCCAGAAGGCCAGCUUGGCACUCAGCAGCUGCCCGUGAGUCUCCUCAGAGCCUCAGGUGAUGGCACAGCGUGCUCGGUAUGGCCAGGCACAGCCCGGAGCGAGCAGAAAAGUGCUUUCAGAAAGCCAGCCAAGCGCCCAGCGGAGAAACCUAAGUGCUCCCCCAUGCUUCUGGCUGGCGGAAGUGCAGACGACUCGUGGGAGCUCUCAGGACUCAUCACCACUGUGGACAUCCCAUAUUGGGCGCAUCUGUCAACUUUCAAAUUCAUGGGUGAUUUCUGGAAAUUGCACACAUUGUCACAGAACAUUCUACUCUGCAAUGCGUUCCAGGGGGCUCCUACGCCAUGGCUGGAGCACACCCAGGUGCAAGCACUCACAUCCUCGGCAUCUUCUGCCACAGCCUCUCGGGCUCUCCUGCCGCCCACGCUCUCCUCCCUGGGCUUGUCUACUCAGAACUGGUGUGCCAAGUGCAACCUAGCCUUUCGCCUGACAGCUGACCUGGUCUUCCAUAUGCGGUCCCAUCACAAAAGGGAGCAUGUGGGCCCCGAUCCACAUUCUAAGAAACGAAGAGAGGAAGUUCUCACUUGCCCCGUUUGCCACGAGGACUUCCGGGAGCGCCACCAUCUUUCCAGGCAUAUGACUUCACAUAGUUAGCAGGUGGCAACGGAGAAAACUGAUGUCCAUGGUUUCCAGUAGGAAGUGGUAAGGCACAGGUGACUCCUGGCCUGUGCUAAGAAGGUUGUCAUAGAUGUCUCCAAGAUGUUCCU